AUGGGCAACAGCACCAUAUUGACAGCGAUCUGGAUGGAAGAAACACUUCAUGAACCCAUGUAUUUCUUUCUUUCCAUGUUGGCUAUCAGUGAUCUUGGCCUCUGUGCUACCACAUUACCUACUAUUCUUAAGCUUUUCUGGUUCAAUGAUCAUGAGAUAGACUUUGACGUGUGCCUUGUCCAGAUGUACUUUAUCCACAUCUUCUCCAUGAUGGAGUCAGGUAUCCUACUGUCUAUGGCUUUUGACCGCUAUAUAGCCAUCUCCAAUCCUCUCAGAUACACUGCCAUCCUCAACAGUACCUCUACUGUGAAAAUUUCCAUGGGGUUUGUGUCACGGGCAAUCAUUGUUCUCAUCCCAGCCCCUGUUCUUAUUAAGCAACUCAAGUUUUGUGAGGCCAAUGUACUUUCCCAUUCCUACUGUCUACACCCAGAUAUUAUCAGGCUCUCCUGCUCUGACCAUCAUAUUAAUAACUUCUUAGGACUCACUGUAAUCAUCAUCACAUUUGGGGUUGAUUCUGUGCUCAUCCUGCUCUCCUAUGUAAAGAUCCUGACCACAGUGCUAGGUAUCGCCUCCCAGAAGGAACGAGUCAAGGCACUCAACACCUGUGUCUCACACAUCUGUGCUGUGCUGCUGGUUUACAUCCCCCUGUUGGGUGUGUCUAUCAUUCACCGCUUUGUAAAGCAUGCCCCCCCUAUGGUUCAAGUCAUCAUGGGCUAUGUCUACUUGUUGGUGCCUCCUGUGCUCAACCCAGUUGUCUACUGCAUCCAGACCCAUGAAAUACAUAUGAAAAAUUCUCAUGAAUUUGACUGCAAGAUCUUCAAAGCAAGGAGAAACUAA